GUUUUUUUUAGAAGGGAGACGCACUGAGGGGCGCAAAACGAGCCCUGCGGCCACCGAGCGUCUGCGCAGCACCGCCUCUUGACAGUGAAUGCGCUUCUCCCGCAGCAUGCAUCUAGCAGCGCUGCUUUUGCCCCCUGCCGCCGCGCUGCUGGCCCCGGCCGUCGUCCCGAAGGCCCCGCCGCGCGUCGCGCUCCGACCCGAAGAGGUCGCAUUCCUCGACGCCAUCACCUGCGACGCUAGAGAUCUCCGGCAGGCCGAGGCCCUCUACGAAAAAUACGGCGUCGUGCGCUUGCGAAGGGCGGCCGCGAACGCGGACCUUCUCGCGCGGCAAGCCACGUCGGCCGGCGUCGUGGCGGACGCGUUCGGCCAGAAGCGACGGGAAGACCGCUACACGAUCCACCUGCGGGGCGACGCGAGGAAAUGGCAAGGGGAUGGCUCCGACUCCACCGACGACAGCGCGGGCGACGGGCGCCUCGAGCACCUCGCGCCGGCCGUGGCGGACUGGCUGGAUGAGCGGCGGCCGUGGCGGGCGGUCUGCGGCGACGACGAAUCCGUUCUAGGCCGCGUGGAAAUCAAGUUUUGAGGCGCCCCGCGGCUCGCUGGCAUGAAUCCACUGGUCGAUUCUACACAGGUCAUAGGCCUGGCCGAGCUCGUCGUCUCGCUGCCGGGCGGGUCGGCGCAGCGCUGGCAUUAUGAUGGUGUCGGCGCGACGGCGCAGGUGGCCUGCUGCGACAUCACCGCGGCGCUCGGGCCCACGGAGCUCGUGCCGCGCAUUCUACCGCCGGACUACGUCCACGGCCGGAGCCGCGCGGCGCGGGGCCCCUACGAUGUGACGACGCUCCUGAGCCGCGUCGGCUGGAUUUUUCUCAGGCCCUUCGCGGCGAAAUUAAUCGAGUCGCGGACGCUCCUGCCCGCGACGGUGCGCCUCUGCGGCGCCGCGGGCGACGUUGUGGUGUACGACGCGGCGAUGUUUCACAGAGGUGGCGCGAACCGCGCGGCCGUCGCGCGGCCCAUCCUCGCGAUACACGUCCGGCCGAAGCCAGAGGAUAAAAACACAUAGGAUAAG